AUGCCUUGGGUCGUGAGCAACAUCACCCUGCCGGAUGCUGGCAUCCAUGGCCAGCUUGGUGAGCUCAACUUCUCGGCUCUUCCAUUCCUCGCAUAUAUCGACCUUCAUAACAAUAGUCUCCAUGGCGCACUACCAGCUAGUAUCAGCUCCCUGUCAGUACUUUUAGAACUCAACCUUGAGCAGAACCAGCACACAGGGGAAAUUCCUUGUCAGAGUCUAUCCGGUCUUCUUCCUCAAGAAAUAGGACAUCUCACAAGCCUUGUUAAACUUGGGUUAUCUAACAACACAAUUUCAGGACCUUUGCCGGAACAUAUAUGCUCAAGGCGAAGACUUCAGUUUCUUGGUAUAUCUAAUAAUAUGUUCAAUGGCCUAAUUCCAAAGAGUUUAAAGACAUGUACGAGUUUAGUUGAAAUCGACCUUCAGCGGAACCAACUAACAGGAGAUUUAUCUCAGCAUUUCGGUGUGUACCCACAACUAAAAGGCAUGCGCUUGGCCUCGAAUAGACUCUCUGGGAAAAUCUCACCAAAUCUAGCUGCAUGUACCCAACUAACGGUACUACUUCUAUCACAAAAUAUGAUCACGGGUUCCAUACCUCCAGUCCUUUCUAAGUUGUCCAACCUAGAAGAACUAACACUUGAUUCUAAUCAUCUCAGCGGUGAGAUUCCACCAGAAAUCGGCACUUUAGGAAAUCUAUAUAUAUUGAACCUAUCAUCCAACAAACUAUCUGGAUCCAUACCCAUACAGAUACAAAAGCUAAGCAAUCUGGGAUACCUUGAUAUAUCUGGAAAUAGACUGGGUGGAUUAAUACCCGAGGAAUUAGGGGGCUGCAUGAAACUACAAUCCUUGAAGAUGAACGACAACAACUUCCGUGGAAGUUUGCCUGGUGCGAUUGGAAAUUUAGCAGGUUUGCAGAUCAUGCUAGAUGUGAGCAAAAAUAACCUCAGUGGUGUGUUACCGCAGCAACUUGGGAAGUUGGAGAUGCUAGAGUUUCUGAAUUUAUCGCAUAACCAGUUCAGGGGCAGCAUCCCAUCAUCCUUUUCAACCAUGCUGAGCCUUUCAACAGUCGAUGUGUCCUACAAUGACUUGGAAGGACCAAUCCCAACAACAUGGUUACUCCAAAAUGCUUCACCAAGUUGGUUUAUUCCCAAUAAAGGUAUGUGUGGCUACCUCUAUGGCCUGCCACCUUGUUAUUCAACUCCAGUAGCUGGUCACCAUAAACGGAAGACACUUGAUUUGCUCUUGCCAAUUGUUAUGGUGGCGGUUUUCUGCAUUGUUGUUAUAAUAAUGCUUAGUCGUAACAAGAGAAAACCACAAGAAAGUGUAAAUGUUGAAGGAAGGGACCUAUUCUCAGUUUGGAAUUUUGAUGGAAGAUUAGCAUUUGACGAUAUUGUAAGGGCAACAGAUGACUUCAAUGAUAAGUACAUUGUUGGAAGAGGAGGAUACGGGAAAGUCUAUAAGGCACAACUCCAAGACGGGCAGAUAGUUGCUGUGAAGAAGCUGCAUCAGAGCGAAGAGCAGUUUAAUGACGAUAGAAGAUUUCACAAUGAAAUGGAAAUCUUAUCACAGAUUCGACAACGAAGCAUUGUCAAAAUGUAUGGAUUCUGCUCCCAUUCAGCGUAUAAAUUUCUUGUCUAUGACUACAUUCAGCACGGAAGCCUCCACGUGACAUUGGAAAAUGACGAAGUUGCAAAGGAAUUAGAUUGGCAAAAGAGAAUUGCUCUUGCAAAUGAUGUGGCUCAGGCAAUAUCUUAUUUGCACCAUGAAUGCAGUCCACCUAUAAUCCAUCGAGAUAUCACGAGCAACAACAUCUUACUUGAUACAACCUUCAAGGCUUUUGUCUCAGAUUUUGGCACAGCAAGGAUUCUUAAGCCCGAUUCAUCAAACUGGACUGAACUAGCAGGAACAUAUGGCUACAUAGCUCCUGAACUGGCGUACACGUUUGUUGUGACAGAGAAAUGUGACGUCUAUAGCUUUGGUGUGGUUGCGCUAGAGCUAGUGAUGGGCAAGCACCCAAGGGAUCUAUUAAAUGGUAUGUCAAGCGUGGAACAAGCUAUGUUGGUGAAAGAUAUUCUGGACCAACGACCAACACCACCAACAACAACAGAAAAUAAAAGCUUAGCUCUGCUCAUCAAGCUGGCCUUUUCUUGCUUGGAAUCUUCUCCACUAGCAAGGCCAACCAUGCAGGAGGCAUACCAAACACUCAUCCAGUGA